UAAAACUGCUCAAUUUUGUAUGUUUAGACUUUGGACUGCCAAAUAUGAGUUCAUAAUAACAAUAUUAUGUGUUGUGUUGUAAUGCUCAAGUCGUUGAUCAUGUCCCUUUCACCUCAAACCUUAUUAUCAGCCGCAACUCGUCAACGUUGUGUAUCGAAGUUAAAAGAACUGCCUUCGCUAGUCGUGAAUGAUGAAAAAGCUAGUGAAAGUGCGUCGGUGCUGGUGCCCUUAUGCGUGCACGAGGGUCAGGUAUGCCUACUGUACACGCUUCGUUCCACAAACUUAAAAAAUCACAGCGGACAAGUGUCCUUCCCAGGAGGCAAGGCGGACGCGAACGAGACUAAUAUUGAUACAGCUUUAAGAGAAACAGAAGAAGAAAUCGGUAUUCCUCGCGACAGUGUGGACAUUUGGGGCUCAAUGCCUCGAGUUCAAGGUCGAAAUAAGAACUUAGCCAUUAAUCCAAUAGUAGGUGAGAUAAGGAAUUUCGACAUAAAUAGAUUGCAUGAAAACCCAGAUGAAGUGGAAGAGGUUUUCUUAGUGCCCAUGCAGGCGUUUUGCGAUACGAGCAACCAUGCUCAUUGGGUGUGGAAGGAAAUGCAGCUGCCUAUGUUCCUGUACGGGCGGCACAAGAUAUGGGGCAUCACCGGGGCCAUAACACACAUGUUCCUGAACUGUUUAUUGCCUGAAAAUGAGUUUAAAGGUGGCUUUUCUAGGAAGAAGUUUGAGCUGGAGGAGCUUAUGAAUUCUAAACUAUAAUUUACUGCCCUAGAGACAAACUCAACCAAUAUGUGGUAUGAGCAUAAUUUUGGCCUAGAAAAUUAGUGUCCUGAAAUAAAUAUGACAUGUCAAAUUCAGAACCAUCAGGAAUCUACAGUGUUUUGAGGUCAGAAUAGUUUUCAAUGUUUUUUGGGGUCUACGUAAAGGAUAUUAGGUAUAGAUAGUUAAUGACUAAUGAAUAGCCAGUAACAAAAACAGAUGUAGUGCAUAAUUAUUUUCCAUUGUAUUUUCACAGAAACUUAGUAAUGUAUCUUGCUAUUUCAGUCAGUCUCGGUACAAAAAGUACUGGGGUUGACUGAAGUAGCAUGACAAAUAUGAAUGUUUCUGAGAAAUAUGAUGGAAAACAUCUGUAUAAUAUUCUGUACUAUAAAAGACAAGAAAUGCUCAUGUUUUGUGUUAUUAAUGGUGAUGUAGAUUAUAUGUGGACUAUUAGUAUGGUUAAUUCUAUAAUAAUUUAAUUAGACUUCAUUCAAUUAAAAAAUAAGAGUAGGUAGGGUAUUUAAAAAGACAAAAUGAAAAAUUUUACUCACAUGUGAAUAGUUGCUAUUUUACUAACUUAUUUAUUAGUUUACCAUUAACCAUAAUCAUACUGAUCUUUGGUUAGGUGUAUGGAUUAUAUAGGGACUUUUAACACAUUUGCUGCAGCAAAUAGUGAAGGUAGGUAUGAAGAAAUGUAUUUUCAUCAGGUUGUUUGACACCAAUUGACCCCAUGUAACAGUGAGAGUGUUAAUAGAGUGUAUUUUAUUUUCCAUAUUUAAUGGCCUAGACAAAAAUUAAAUAUUAUUUAUUUUUAUACAAAUAAAUGUUAAUUUACAAUUUUUAUGUUUUAAUUUUAAAUUAUACUUUUAGAUUAAAAACAAUAAAUUUCUUCUUCCUAAACUAU